AUGAGCCCUCCUCAUCAAGCGACAGUCACCUUUGCAAGGAAAACCGACGUUUCUUUUUUAAUGCUCUAUCUCGAUUAUAAAACAGACGAAUCGUAUUGCCCACAAGAAGUCAGAGUGGACCUUGGAUGGGGGACAAACGAUUGGUGGCACAGAAUCAAUCGACGAGUGAACUACCCGAAAGGUUGGGUGAAAAUUCGGCUGGUGGAUAGAUUGGAUGCUCCACGAAGAGUAAUGGCACUUCGAAUGACAGUCAUGAAAAACCAUGAAAAAGGAAGAGAUUGUGUUAUUCGCCAUUUCCGAAUUAUUGGCCCCCAAUAUCAUCGUCAUGACAGUAUAAAUCGACUGAUUCUCGGACCGACAGGAGGAUUGGGAGGAGUUACACAAGAACGCCAGGCACGGAGUCAUAUCAUGAACGAUCAUCUAACCGUUCGUUAA